UGGCGAAGAUGGUAAACCUGUGAGGAUGGGCAGCCAUUAUAAAUUCUCCUCGCAAGAACACUCUCAACUAGAGAGAGGGCCCCUGAGAGGAGCCUGGUCAUAUAGAGUCCGCGUGUAGAGUCCCCGCUCUUGGCGGCGUCCAGGAAUAAAGAAAGUGGUUGGCUUAGGCAAAGGAAGAAUCAGGAGAGAGAAAAAGAAAAGAAAAGAGAAGCAGGAGGAGGAAGAAGAGGCCAAAAGUGGAGAGAGAAAGGAAGGGAAGAGAGGAGUUGGGUUCGUUUGUUGGCUUGUGGUUGCCCGUGGCCCUCCUUUUUCCUUUUCCCUUUGGUCGGUUUGGGUAGUUGGAGUUUAUCCGAUUUCGAGGGGUUGAAGUUGUUGUGGGUGUUGGUGGCUCGCUUCGACGACGGGGAGAGUCGCUUUAGGUGGUAGGGAAGAGCUCAGAUGGAAGGAGAGAGCGGCCAUGACCGCGUUGAGGAGCAGGCUCAGGGACAGGUCCAAGGCCUCCAGGCCGGCCGGUCCUCCUCCUUCUCUGAGCUCUUUGGUGACAAGGACUCUCGUACCAAUGGUGUCUUCGAGUCCGUCUUUUCUGCUUCCUCGUUGCCGCCGCCGUCGUCUUCAUCUUCAUCAUUAUCGUCAUCCCAGUGGUCUUCUUCUCCCAAGGGGAAUGUGAGCUCUGUUCCGGAGGAAUCUUGGAGGAAAGAUGGUGAUCACCAGUCAGACGAGAACACCAAAAAUGUCUCUGAUAUCAGUAUCCAAAAGGAUAACGGGGAGGGGUUGAACACUGAGCAGGUGGAAGGAGUUGAAUCCUUUUAUCUUAGCUCAUCUUUGUACUACGGUGGUCGGGACAUUUAUACUCCUUCACCAACUUCGCAAGCCCCAGGAAUCUCCAAGUUUCCCAAAGAUGGUAAUGAAGACGACCCGAUCUCGAAUAACUCAAACAGUGCUUCAAGGGGAAAUUGGUGGCAAGGCUCUUUGUAUUAUUGAACCAUAUGCCCUGGAAGAGUCGUUGGGGACCCAUGCUCCGCAAUGGAGCAUGUGCUUACUUAGUUGAAGAGUGUGCAUAAGUAAUUAACGGUAUAGGCCUUUUGGCAUAUGAUAUAUAUAUAUAUAUAUAUAUAUAUAUAUAUAUCCUCUGGCGUGUAGUUUUGGACACCAAAGGCGCAGUCUUGCAGUUUGUGUGACAAGUGCUGCGAAGCAUGAAGUACAGGAGAGACAUGCCAUCAAGCGCUGGCUUUAGGCUUAACUUCUACUUGACUCGAGAUUGUAUACUUUUGGUUUAUCUGUCGUGUAAAUUUCCUCUUUACUUGCGAGGAAAAGUUUUACUAUGAAUAAACUUCUUAGUAUACGUA